AUGAACGCGGAGAGAGCGUCGUCACACUUCCUCGCAUUUCCCAUUCGAGGGGGAGAGGAGAGGAGGGAGCCGUGCGGGGCGUGCAAGUUCCUGCGGCGGCGGUGCGCGGCGGGGUGCGUUUUCGCGCCGCACUUCGGAGGUGGGGAGCAGCAGCAGCAGAGCGGGGGUGCUUCGUCGUCGGCGGCGAGGUUCGCGGCGGUGCACAAGGUGUUCGGGGCGAGCAACGUGGCGAAGCUGCUGACCGGGCAGGUGCCCCCCGCGCGGCACCGCGACGCCAUGCUCACCAUCUGCUACGAGGCCCAGGCCCGCCUCGCCGACCCCGUCUACGGCUGCGUCUCCACCAUCCUCGCCCUCCAACACCAGGUGACGCUGCUUCAAGCCGAGUUAUCGAUCAUCCAAUCUCAACUUCUGAACAGCAAGUUGGCCCUGGCGACGGCCCACCAGAGCUCGCAGAAUUUCACGGCACUGCAACCAGCCUACUCCAACAACUCCUCGAUGUCUAACAAUUUGAUGAACCCUAGCCGGUUACCAAUUUCGGCAUUGGAUAUUGUUGAUAAUGAGCCCUCUUCUAGGGUUCUCGAGCUCGCAAAACCAUUGCAGGAUGAAGAUGAUGAAGAAGAAAGCCAAAACCUGGCAGGUUUCAACAACUGUGAAAGCAAAUAAUUACACAAGGAGUAACUGGAAGCAAAUUCUUUCAUAUUGAUAAUUUAC